GAUGGCAGGAGAGAGGGGAGCUCUGCGGGCUGUCUGUGGCGGACAGAGCAGCGCAUGACUGCUUUCAGAGAAAAUUAGCUCAACUGUUUCCCCUUUUUUUUUUCAAACUCGGUGCAGUGAGAUGUCUGAAGAAGGUUUCCUGCAAGAAAGCCUUUCAGCAUGGCUGAACAUGACAUCCCAAAUCCAUCAGUGACUGCCACAUGAAUAUUUGUCAUUUCUAUUAAACUACUCUGGACUAAAUAUGCCAAACUGUGGCAGUGUUUCUCUUACUAAAUAUGAGAUUCUGCCAAAGAACCCUGGCCAAGGCCACGUGAUCGGUGGAGCCUUGGCAAGAGCCGCUGCAUCUACAAAUUAACUGGAAGAGCAGUUUAUGCAGCAGGAAAAGCUUUAAUCUUUUGCAUUAGGAGGAGCAGAAAAAGGAGAACUUAAUACACCCAACAGAUUACAAUGGUUUCUGCUGAGAACACAAGUAUUUCUUCUGCAGCAGAUCACUGUCCCAACUGCAGCUCCUCCGCCUACCCAGAGGUGGAUGUAGCCAAGGCGGUGGUUUUGGGGAUGGUGCUGGUGGUGUUUCUAGUGUUUGGGGUCCUUGGCAACAUCCUGGUCAUCCUGUCAGUGUUGUUCCACCACCACUGGCGCUCUGUGACACACUACUUCAUCGCCAACCUGGCAGCGGCCGACCUGCUGCUCAGCUCCGCCGUCCUGCCCUUCUCCGCCACCUCGGAGGCUCUCGGCAGAUGGGUGUUUGGCCGGUCCUUCUGCAGCGUCUGGGCCGCCCUGGAUGUCCUCUGCUGCACUGCCUCCAUCCUCAGCCUGUGUGUGAUCUCAAUUGACCGCUACCUGGCUGUCAGCUACCCUCUGCGCUACCCUGCCAUAGCUACAGGGCGGCGAGGCCUGACCGCGGUGGCUGCUCUCUGGGGACUCUCGGCAGCUAUAUCUGUGGGCCCGCUGUUUGGCUGGAAGGAGCCCGACCCAGAAGAUGAGACCGUGUGCCGAAUAACUGAGGAGCCCGGCUACGCUUUGUUCUCAGCACUAGGAUCUUUCUAUAUACCUCUGGCUAUCAUCCUGGCCAUGUACUGCCACGUGUAUACUGUGGCAAAGAGAGAGACAAAAUCCCUCAGGAAGGGCAGUAAGGGAGAUGGGGUUGAGACAGAGGGGGUGAUGCUGAGGAUACACAGAGGGAAUGCUGCUCAGACAGGGAAGCAGGAGGAUGACGAGGGGACCGCAAGGCAUAAACGCACCACUUUUUCUCUGCCAAGGUUGUUGAAGUUCUCAAGAGAAGAGAAGGCAGCCAAGACUCUUGGCAUUGUUGUCGGGUGUUUCAUUCUGUGCUGGCUCCCUUUUUUCCUGGUUUUACCUAUCGGAUCCAUCUUCCCAUCAUGUAAGCCUUCUGAAACCAUCUUUAAGAUAACCUUCUGGCUGGGUUACCUCAACAGCUGUAUUAACCCCAUUAUCUACCCAUGCUUCAGCCAGGAGUUCAAGAAAGCCUUCCACAAUGUACUCCGUGGUCGCUGCCUAAGAACUGGAGCAUCAGCUGCUAAACCACAAGGUCACAUUACCACCCAUUCCUCCAGUCCAGGCCCCACAUCUAAUACCUCUGUUCUCUCAGCCCCAAACAGUGUCAUUGUUUCCUCAUGGUGUUGCUGCAGGGCUCUCUCGACCUCAUCAUCAUCUGUCGGUGGUCCAGAGCAGGCUCAAAGUGCACAAAUCCAGAGUAAGAGUCUGCUGAAGGCAUGGUGUUUCUCAGCAAGUCGAACACCGGUACCACAGAACCCCUCCAGUCACGGAUCAACCAAGGUCUUAUGCCUUUCUCUUGGCGUUACAGGAGAGGCUGUUUGAUUGGCAUGUUGAGGCAAUGUAGGAAUUUUUCGGUUUUGGCUCUGGGAAAAAAUUUUACAUGUAUAUUUAUACUCCUCAGAGGCAUUAGAAGCCAGCCGAUAGUGACUUGCCUCCAGAGCAGGCAAAAGACGACUCUGUUGCCUUAAGGCUUUAUGCCUGUGUAAAUGCCCAGAGUGUCAAAUAAAAAAUGAUUUGGGAAAGUGAAUGAAUAAUAUUUUGUCUACACUCAACAGCCACUACUGAGCUGUUCUUGAACAGAGCACUACAUGUCAAAACGGUCAAGCGGAGCUGCUCAAUGGCCAGCAAGUAGACAACUGUGCAGUAUGAAUUCACAGCAAGGGACUUUUGGAAAAGAACAAACUUCUUUGGUUAAAAAAUGCAAGGCAAAAAUCCUUUUUGCAAGUAUGGACACUGGGUUAGUAGGGAUAACCAUCAGUGCUUGGCAAGGAAUGAAAGAGAUAGCAGCAUUUUAUUGAAAUGACAUUGUAAAAGAACUCCCGAGACAGGAUUUCGUUCAACAUUAGUGGUAUUUCUGCAGAUUGCACAAAAGCCCUUAAGGGCAAGAUACUUGUAAAUCAUCAUUAAAAUUAUUAAAUAAAUAAUUAGCAUUCACUGGCAGCUCUGAGAAAUUGGAAGCUGGUGUAGGAGUGUGUGUAUUACAUGUGUGAUCUCUGUUUUAAAGGGACAUAAAACACUAGCACUAGUUGUUGGGGAAGGAGAAAUAUCAGUUGAUAUUUUGAGAUUAUUGAGAUAAAUAAAAGGAAAACAAUACAAUACACUACAGUCUCAAACACAGGCCCUUGAUUCUACACCUGUGAAGCUUUUAAUGUUCAGUUUUUGUUUUUGUUGAGGCUGUAUUAAAUGUGUUGAAUCAACUUUUAAUGUUUGACAUCAUAGCUUGUGGUGCUGUUAAAUAAACGAAAGGUGUCAGACGAUUUUCUCUCAGUCUUGGCGAAGGACUAUUUGUGACUACUGGUUUUCUGGCAGUACAGAUCUCCAGAGCCAUGUUUUCCCCAUGCAACAACAACAACACUGUUGUUUGAAACUGAUGCAUGAGCAAUUCAAGCAGCGCCUGUCUGACGUCUUUGUUCUUCUGUAACUUGCGUCUGUAUGUUGUCUUUCAACCCGCAAUAGGCUAAUCGUUUGUCUUCCUGCCGUUUGGUGCUGGGUGGGUAGUGUACAGUCAGUUUAUCAGUGCCGUAAAACCAAAACAUUGAGUUAAAAGAGGCCAAAAACCUCCAUAGUGACCACUUUCACAUUAUACAUACUCAUUUGAAUCAUUGUUGAAAAAUGUGGAUAAACAGAGCUUUAAAUCAUACUUUAUUAGUAUCCAAGGCUGGAAAUGAAUUUCCACUUGUUGCUCAUGAUGGAAGGACAUUACUGUGUGGUUGUUGUUAUUCAGUUCACAAAAUCACAGUAUGGCCACCUUUGUGAUGUGCAGAGGUGGACAAAAUAAAAAUGUGACAUUAUGAAAAGGUAAUUAACUUUGAAUAAACUAAAUCACUGCUGCAAUGGGAGCUACAAAAAUAUAUUACUGUAACCUUUAACAGAAGGGUGUAAGAUUAUCAUGACUUAUGCCAACACAGAAGUAGACCCUCAUUAACAUUGGAGACUCUCAACGAAUGGGUAGUUUUUAUUGCAGGGCGAUUGUAUUGGAUUGCAUUAUACUUUAUGAAUAUCUAUGGUGUGUCAACAAAGUGAUUUCAUUAAUUAGCAAAACAAAGCCCACCAGAUCACACAUAUCAAGAUAACGUGAGUGCUUUAUUAAAAAAUAUGUCAUGAAUAUUGAUUAAUCGCUUUAAAAAACAUGUUUUGGGUGUCUUAUCUGUUUUAAGAAGUUGUCACAACUUUCUUCUUAGCUAUAAAUCCUUUGCUUCCGCCUGUUAUGAACAGAGUUGUUUUUCUUUGCUGUGCUUGGCUUAAAGGCAUUUUUUUACCCUACAGGCAUCAUAACAGUGAUGAAUACCUGAAAACACUUAUCUGAGAAAUGCAGGAUGUUGAAUGAAUUUCUAGAAGACAAAUGAUUUGUCAUUUUACAUUCACCUAAGGUUAGGGCAUAAUAAGAAGAGUUUCCUUCAUCCUGCAUUGCUGCACAAGAUUUUUUACUUAAACAGUGGCAUUAUGGGACCGUUCAGGAGGAUAACGUCCAUGUUUAAACUAUUGUAACCUCUAUAAGCUCCCACACUUUGCAUUAUUGUAGCCACUAUACUGUCUUGGAUAACUAAUAAACAUGCAGCUCUCGUUUUCUGAGAUUAUGCAGUCAAGGACUCAAUGUUACACUGCAUUAGGCAACAAGUAGCAGAAGGAGAUGUGUUGACUUUUCAUUAGAGGCAUGACUGAAUGUAAAAAAAAUUAUAUAAUAAAUACAAUGACAUUUCGCGCUUGGCCUUAUAUCACACAUUUAAAUCUGCAUAAUGUCUGUUUCACUCUGAAAGUAUAAACAAAGAAAAUUCAUUUUCAUUUCCAGUGACUAUUUCUCAUGUUUGAAUGUCAAAUCAACAUACACAAUCCAUCCUGUUUUGCUAAAACUCAUAGCUUUACACAGCAGACGCUGCCUUGUUUUGGCUUCCAAAGAGAAAAGAAAAACAGAAACCCUGAAAACUAAUGACUCAUAACACAAUAUCAGUGCUAGAGGAACACUAGCAAAGGGAGAAACAUCAAACCACUGCUUGCUUUCUGUGUGUGUGUGUGUGUGUGUGUGUGUGUGUGCAUCCAUGCCCAAAUCAAUCUGUGUCCAUCUAUAUGUGUGUACACCUGUAUGUGUUUGAGUGCACGUUGGUUUGGUUUUGUGUGUGUGUGUGUGUGUGUGUGUGUGUGUGUGUGUGUGUGUGUGAGCAAUCGAGCGGUGUUGUGUCUGCUUCCAUCAGUACAGAUAUUAUUUAUGGAAAUAAAUGCAUCCGAUUCCUAUUAAACAUGCAGCUCUCAUUUUCAAAAGCAGCACAUUCAAACAGUGUUGCAGCAGCUGUCAUAUGAAGGAAAAGAUUGAUGUGAUAAAUGGAUCCAGGCUCCCAUUACAGGAAAGACAAGCGUGUGCUGUUUAACCAAAUCAGUUGACUUAGCAAGGUGAUGUUUUAUUACAUACGACGAUCAUGAUUAAUUACACUGUUGAGCAGCGAGUAAAGCAGAUGACAAGAAUUGUAACUGCAUCUGGAAGUCAAAGAGGCCUAUUUAUUUGCGAUGAGAAAAUUAUGGUUUGUGUUGUGUGUCAAAUCGGAGGACUUCUCUGAAACAUCUUCUGAGAGUCUUCUUUUCUUGAGUUGGGGUUGUGAGCAUAAAUUUGACAUUUUAUUGACACUCUCAGACGCAUUCUCAUUGCCUUGAUAGCUUAUAAGAGUAUGUGGGAAAGGUAUGCAAAAGUUUUGUAACUACACCAAAUGCACCUACUGCUUAAACGCACAGUAUGUAAUUUCUGCCGCUAGGGUUCUCUCACAUCAAAACAUUAACAAACGUUCACAAGGUUUUAAGCUGAAUUAUCCGCAGAGGUCUCCUCCUCUCCAAAACAAACAGACUUGUUUGAAUUGUUGUGUUUUCAUUACCUUAGAAUAAGAUGUUUUUAUCUACAACAUGGCGACCUCCUUCUAUGGAGGUAUGUUGUAACACAAGAGGUGACGAAUUCUUGUCUGCUAGCUGAAAUUAAAUUGGACAAGGUUGUUUCAUUCUAUGGUUCCUGAAUUAUUCGUUCCAAGUGCUUAUAAAGCUUUGGCCAAAGGCCAAAUGGUUUUUCAAAUUUUCUUCCUAUAACCUAGAGCAGAUUUAAAUAUUCACUCAGUUGGAUGGAUUGGACAACAGCUGCAUAGAAAAUUGUAAUAUGAGAAAAAUGAAUGAGAAUAACUCUGUUAACAGCAGUUUCAUGUGUUGUGACAUUUUAAUGUCCAACUUAGGCAACUGUAGGAAUUCUAUGGGCAUGUUCAUCCAUGGAUAUUAAAAUUUAUAUUUAAAGCAACAUUUAUCAAUAUGAUUUAAUGACUCAAACAACUGGAUGUCAAAGGAGAUACUCACAGUAAUAAACCCACAGAGAAUUAUAACUAAUUCUGCAGCUUUUACUUAAUUGUUUUAGUUUAACAGCACAUUUACUUUAUUGUUCAGUCUAAACUCUCAUCAACCAUGUUUCCAGCAGCAGCUAGCUGUUUUCAGCCAAGCAUUUCAGAUAAACCCACUGUACACCUGUUGAGCCCCAAACAGAUAGACAAAGUUAGUGUCUAGCUGGUGAAGAAAAUGGAACAUUUAGCAGCUAGAAUGCCAGAUAUUUUUUCAGGGGUUGGUGAAGACAAAAACAGAACUAAAAGGAGAGUGAAUAUUGGACUUACAUUCAUCAGGUGGACACAGACACAACUCCAAACUAAUGCUAAUGUUGAGUGUCAGCUGAGUUUGCAAAUUGUUUGCUGACAUGUUAGCAAUCAUAAUAAUAAGCCAGCUGUAUGUCCGUUACUGUUUUUGGACUUCUUCUAUUAGCCAAAACAUUAUUAUGCAGCUGUAAAAGUACAGAGAAAUUUUAUUCACAUUUCUUUAUGUCAGUGCUCCCAUCAUUUAUUCAAACAUUUCAGUGGAAAUGCAGUCCUGUAGCUAUUAUAUAUUUCUAUUUUGUGAGUCCACCACAAAGCAUGACUGUAUUCCCGUGGUGGUACCCACACAGUUGCUAUCUCCGGUGAUACCUUACGUGAAUUAUGGGUGCGACUUCCACUUAUUCCUUUCACUGAACCACUGUCUGCAAGAGUUACUUACAGGUGUCCUCCCUUUUCUUCGAACUUUUUGUGUUCCCACAUCAACCUGUCACUAACAGGUGCUGGGAGGACGAUUUAGAAAAGUGGCCCUGGAUAGUGGUAACAAACUAAGUUAGCUUAGCGUUAGCUAAAAUGACACAAAGUUCAGGGACAAGUUGCACACUUCCUGACUGUACCGCUAAUCAAGCUAAACUAAUUUGUGGCUUUAUGUCGAACACUGAAUAAAACACAAAAAGGGAUAGUUCUUGUCAUCAAUGUUACAGUUUCCAUCACAUACCAAACAAAGACAAAUCCAAAAGAACUCACUUAGCUUAGCUCUUUGCUUUUAGGUAGCCAAGGUUGUGUCCCAACUCCUUUAACAAAACACACCCGAAAUACUGAUAACCCUGAGAGCUUUUCAGAUUGUUCAUCACUUCGCUAUGUAGCAACAGAAUCAGUAGCUAAAUAUGCCUAAUAUUUAGUCUAAUAUGCCUUGCCUUCGCUAGGCUACUUGAGCUACUAAAUACAAAUAUGAAGGCAGAGAUUAUCCUGUUUAAGGUGUGACAGGUUGCGAUCCCCCGUUAUUUAGUUCCCAAAAAGCUCUUAAGAAAAGGGAAGACACCUGUGGCAUUCUGCCAGUUCUUGCUGAAACCGGUUCAGUAAGAGGAAUAACCAGAAUGGGGCUAGGAAUAGCAUGGAUAGCCUAAUUUGUGAACAUACACAGACAUUACACAAAAAUGAACACCUACACAGCUGUUUUCACUUAUCUUUCCUCUUCUCAAGACUAUGCCUACAGACUUAAUUUUUAUUUUUAUCCUUCUUGUUGGUACAUUGAGUUUGGUGAACUCACAUCAUUCCUAGCACAGCUCCUCCAAACUUCAACCUGAGCAGCGGUGCAGUCAGCCAGAAUAUACUAAAACACCUAUGUGGGUGUGCAGGUCCUUGAAGAUCUUAAAGAAGAACAUAUUCCUGCAGCUGUUCCAUUGAUACAGAAGCAGACACUGCAUCCGCAGGCUCACUGCCACAACCAAACGGAACAGGAAUACAAAGUUUUUUGUUACGAUGAAAUAAAGUCAUUUUAUUGCAGAAGCUCAAGAAAAUUUAAGCUGUUGCAUGCUUUCUCCCAUUUUUGUUUUACUUCUGAGCAAAUCAAAGCACACAAUAAAAGAAUUCCAAAAACAACACAAAAGAAAUAUUUGAAUGACUCCACACAUUCACUGAUGAUUCUAAUAACUGGCCUCUUCCUAACACCUUUUCGGGGCUGGCAUUUGGAAUUAUUAAAGCUCAUUGUGUGUGUGCGUGGACUUGAAAUAACUGAUUUGAAUGUUGACAGCCUGAAUGAAAAUUAAUUAGAAAAGACUUAAAGCAUGCGGGAAGGAGCUAAUACCAUGUAAGAUGUAUUUAAUACUCAUGUCACUGAACAUUUGUUUUAAUAGCAGUCAGCUGCCAAUUGGCACAUUGAGUUCUCUUUCCUGGUUCAUUCAACUUGCUGCUGACUUCAUCAAGACACCUUUUAAAUUUCAUCUAUUCACAUAGUGCCUGGAUAUAAAAUGUCUUUAUUUUGCAGCUGUCAAAUUUUAAAUAACAUAAUUUCACAGUAAAUGAGCUGAGUGAUGUACUUGUAUGUCUUGAGUUUCUGCCAAAUUGUAUUAGUGAGGUAAAAAUUAUGCUCUAGUAUUGUAGCCACAAUUACUACCUGCUGCUAAAAAUAGUUUACAUAUUAUCUUGCACUACCUUACAGUUUACACGGUCCUUCUGCACUAUUGUCAGUUACAUUGUCUUUGUCUUACUGUCCUGUCCCAUAGCCUAUAUUAUUUUGUAUAACAGUCUUUGUCUCUUGCACUAUUAUGUUAUGCACAGAUUUGUUCAGUUUAUUACGUUUUGUGUCGCAUAUUUUAUGUUUUGCACUGUUUAGUGUCUACUUGUUUAACUGCUGCACCAUAGGCUCCUGGGAAAUGGCAUUUCAUCCCAAAUGUAUACUUGUAUAUAGAUGGGUUCACAAUAAAGACAGUCUAAGUCUGA